AUGGAUAUCAAUGUUAUAUGUAUCUUUCUGAUUCAAAAUCUAGUUCUUACUUUGCUCAUAGAUACCUACUAUUUUAUCCAUCACAGAACAGAGAAGAACGAAGGAAUUGUUAUGUGUUGUGCGCCUUUAUUGUACUUGUGGUUUAUUUCGAACUUGUCGCAGUCCAGCGUAUUCACGGAUAACAAGAAGCGUUUGAGGUGGUCUCAGAGGAUCAUGUCUCUCACCAAUGCAAAUGUGACUUGGUAUUCUAGAGUUAAUGAUGACAUGAAGAUUAUUGACAGUUGUCGUGAAUUCCCUAAUAUACCUCUUCUUGGUACAAAAGGAUGUAUCAACUACAAUCCAAUUUUGGCUCGAAGUCAGCUUGGGUACGCUAUGAAGGAUAAACCAAGCAAUAUUCUAUUGGAAGGGUUCUUAAUUCAAGAAGUUGUUGAUAUCAAGGGAUUAAAGGAGAAGAUAGUCCGCGUCUGGAAUAAGAUUCACAUGAAAGGAAAUGAUAAAUUAGGAAAUAGAGAUUGUGUUGCCUUGGAGCCUUACACUCAGUGGGUGCAAGCAAGAGUUGCUAAGAUCAAGAUGCCUUAUCCUCCUGAAGAACCUAUGUUCUCUAAAGUCAUAAGACUCAUUCCUGUUCCAGUUGAAUAUCUGAAAGGACUCCAAGUUGCUUUAGCUCGGCUGAAGCAAGAAAGAGAUGCUUGGGAGAGCAAGUUUCAUGUUUCAAAUGCGAAAAAGUUAGAACUACAAAGGAAAUUUAAGGAGAAAGAUUAUAUGCUUCACCAGAAGGACGGUUUGAUUGAACAACAUGGAAAGAAAAUGAAUAGGGAGCAAAAGGCUAGGUCUGGUGCUUGGAAAGAUGUUAUUGACAAGAUCUUGAAAGAAAAAGCUGACAUGCAGAUUGCUUUUGAAGCUCAGAUCAAGAAGCUCAAGAGGAAGUCGCAACAUGGAGAAGGAUCUUCUUUAGUUAUGGUUCCCUCAGAUUCUAGGCCUUAG